AUGGCAGUGUAUUACUUAGACAAAGACGCGGCAGAAUGGUGGGAGAGUAGGGAUCGCCAAGUGGGACAUCUGAUCACCAGUUGGGCGGCAUUUAAAAAGAGUUUGAACGCAAAGUUAGAAAAUAGACUGGCAGUCGGGAACUACGAGAGUCUCAGCGAGCUAGUGGAAAAGGCUGUGAAUGUGGAGAUCGGAUUGGAAGCUGAGAAGGCGGCAAGUAAGAAAUCCAAGCAGAAUCAAGAUGGAAAGUAUGGUGGAAACCAAAGAUCAUUUAAGGGUAAAGAUAAGGAAAAGGAAUCGGGAGGGCCAAGUCGACGAUAUUUGUUCACAGGAAAAUGCUUUAACUGUGGCAAGAUAGGACAUAAGUCAAGUGAAUGCUUCGGGAAGAAACCUGGAUCCUUUCAGUCAAACUCUUACAAUCCUACAUGCUACACGUGUGGAAAGAAAGGGCACAUCUCUACCCAGUGCAGCGUCAACCGUCCUAUCCCAGCUACGCCAAUCACUGUCCAUCCUCCUCCAGCUCCACCUGCAAUCGCACCAGCGCCAAAAAUGCAAGCUAUAGGAGGUAGAGUUUACGCUUUAGAACUAGAUGAUCCUAAACCUCCAGGCCCAUCUACGGGUCCCAUCACAGGAACUUUACAUGUUGCGGGGCGUCCCACACAUGUACUGUUCGACUCCGGGGCAACACAUAGUUUUGUGACCCCUGAGGUAGCUGCCGAGUUUGUGGGUUCAUUUGUGAUUGACAGGAUGAAUGUGGCUUAUGAGGUUAUUCUGGGCAUGGAUUCGUUAUCAGGCUAUCAGGCUCAAUUAGAUUGUGGAAAAGGUCGUAUUUUGUUCGAGGAGAACGGGCAACGGCAAAUAGUAUUCUAUGGGAUCAGUCCAAGCAAGUCUGUGUCUUUAGUAGCUGCCUUGAGAGUGGAAGAUUUGCUUAAGGAUGGAGAAGCGUAUCUGGUAACAGUAACUGCUAGUGAAGGACCUGCUAGCAAUGGAAUUGAAAUUACGGAUAUUGCGGUCGUACAAGAGUUUGAGGAUGUGUUUACGACGUUACAAGAGUUACCUCUACCUCGGAGUAACACUUUCACAAUUAACUUGGAACCUAGAGCUAAGCCGAUACAAAGGCUCCUUACCGCAUGGCACCCGCAGAGUUAG